AUGAUAACUCAGCUGGGGGCUGGAGGAAUGAGCUCGGAUGAGAGUGACACAGAUGAAGGCGGCAAGGAAAUGUACCGCAUAAAGCGCCUGCCUUGGCGAAACCCAAAGAUCGUGGAGUACAUGGAAGUCAUCGACGCGGAUUACAAUGAUGUAAAUGCCUACGGACACAGAAGGGCUGGAAAUCUGCGGCGAACGCGGAUCCGGGACGAGGAUAUUGAGAGCAGUAGAGAUGCGAUAAAAGGAUAUCCCAUCAAUUUUUAUGACAAACGAUGGUAUGACGACCUG